AUGUCUCUGAAACAACAACCGUCUUCUUCAAAGGAGGACCUUCGGGGACAGUUUUCAGAUAUUCAAAAAAGAUUGUUUAGCAAAACUAGCCAAAAUAAAGCGAAUAGAACCAAUGAAAAGCAACCUCCAAAUAUACCAUUGCUUAGCGACCAGUCAAAUCUCACUCACCAAGCUUCUAAUAAGAGUUUGAGACCUCCGGUACCGUCCAAUUCAUCAAUUCCUCAUCCAACACCGGCAUUGGGACCUGAAACAAAGGGUAAUGAUAUGAAUUUUGUUGUAGGACUUAGUGAGAACUUACUUGGUGAAUGCCGUAGAUUGACGGCUGAAAACCAAAAAUAUAGGGCUAAAUUAAAAUCCACAAUGUUGGAAAUUCAAACUUACAAAGACCAAAAUUCAUCGUUGCAGAACUCCCGGGAUUUUCAGAUUAACAAUGAAAGUGAUUUGAAGGAUAAAAAUUGGGAAUUAGAAUCGAAUUUAUUGAGUUUAAACGAUAAAAUCGCAAGUUUGAAUGCAACUAAAGAAAAGCUAUUGAAGCUGAACCAAGAACAGCUAGCAAAAUUGAACCAAAUUCAAAAUCAGAAUGAUGAUUUACAAUUGAAAAAUACAUCCCUAUCCAAAGAUUAUGAGAAGUUGAAAACCGCAUACAAAAAUGAAGUUCUGGAAUUAUCAGAUAGGAUUAACGAGUUGAAUGACGAGAAUGAUCAGUUGCAUAUAAAGUUCUCUGGGUUAGAUAAGUCGACUAUAAGCCAGACGGAGAAGAUGGAUCAUGCGGAACUUAUAGAUGUGGUUGGCCAUAAUGAGCGUUUGGUUUCGGAGAUGGAUUCUUUUGAUAUUAACAGCUUAUUAAAGGAAUCACAACCUGAGGUAUUACCAGCGUCUGACCCUAGCAAUCCCGCAUUGGAAUUAGAAACUUUAAGAGCCACAUUAAACCAUUCGAACAGAACUAUAGCCAAAUUGAGGACGGUAUUACUAAGAUAUAGAUUCGACAAAGAUGACAAUGAGAUAACAACCCCAAUUAAACUGAGAGCUAAUAAGAGAAGAGGUAUCAAAAAUGAGCAUAAUGAUUCUAAACGUAAUUCUAUUGCAUUGUCUCCUUCGAAGAGGAACUCCAAAUUAAUUAUAUUAGAUAAUGUCUCGAACGAUAGCCAAUAUGCUAAUGAUGGAGGUAAAUGGGAGGAUUUUCUUGAUGAUAAUAUUACUGCAGGUAAGUCACCUGCCCGUAUCUUGAAUUCUAAUACAACAGAUUAUGGUAAUACCACUAUUGAAUCUGCCGACGAGCCUUUCAAGAAUAAUGAUGCUGGGAUAAAAUCAAUCCAUAAUGAUGCUCCGUACCUUACUGAUUCAUCCGACUCUGAUGAAGAAGGAACAACAUCUCAAGGACAGAAAGAAAUUUUAUCCGAAGAAUUGUUGAAUACUAGCUUUACAAGAGAUCAAUUGGACGAUUAUGCUAAUAAAAAUAAUUUAAUCAUGUUACUGUAUGAUAAAUACGAAGAACUUAUGAGUGGGAAAACUCAUUCUGUUUCCUCUGAAGAUUUUGUUAAGAUUGCUGAAGAUAAGGGGUUUAUGAUAAUGAAUAGAGAGGAGCAUGCCAGACUUUUAAGCGAAGAUGAAAUGAAAAAGAAGUUGGAAUCGAUUGGAUUAGUUACUUUGCCUGUUGAUGAACAUGAAAGCUUAACACAUACUAAGGAUUCCUAUAAUAAGCCGGACAUGGAAUACCUUUCGUCGAAAGUAGUUGAAUCUGGGUAUGAGAUAAUCGAAAAAGAAGACCUCAAUAGGUUGAAUAAAAAGCUUGCUAGUUAUAAUAGUCCCUCACAGAGUUAUUUGAUCUCGAAAUGCAAGGAUUAUAACUUACAUGUUAUACUGAAAGAUGAAUAUGAGAAAUAUCAAAAGUUAACAUUUGAAUUAGAAAAGCCAAGUAAGGCAUAUAUUACUAAUAAAGCAAAUGAAUUAGGAUUGAUAGUGUCUCCUUCCAAAUUUUAUGAUGAUUUGGUAAACAUGGCCCAAAACCCACCUACUGAACAUAUUAAGUCAAAGGCUAAAGAAAACGAGUUGAAAGUUUUGAGUAAUGAUGAAUACUUUAGUCUAAUCAAUCCGUCGAUCGAAAAUUUAAGUUUAACGGCCAAUAAACAUGGAUUUGUAUUAUGUUCUGAUAAGGAUUAUGCUGAAUUAAAUAUUCUAGCACAUAAUCCAACAAUUGACCACUUAACUACGAAGUCUGCGGACUUAAAUUACAAACUAAUUUUGGAAGAAGAACAUAAUAGAAUAUUGAAAUUGGCUCAGUCUCCAUCAAUAGAUCAUAUUAAUAACGUAAUAGAAAAGGACUAUAAAGUUAUAAAAAAAUCUGAAUAUCUGACGUUAAAUAAAUUGGCUAACAAUCCUAGUUUGAGUCAUGUAAAAUCAAAGGUUGAGGGACAUGGAUUGAUUACACUUACUAAAGAAGAAUAUGCCGACCUUUUCAAAUUAGCUAAUGAACCGCCUAUAAAUCAUUUAAGACAUAAAGCUGAGGUAUUUGGUAACGUCCUCGUUGAAAAAGAGCAAUACAACAUUUUGAUAAAGACGAUGAAUACUCCAUCAUUAGAGUAUUUGAAGCAAAAAGCAAAGGAACAGCAUCGUGAACUCGUUGAGGAAAAGCUCUAUAAAUCGCUCUAUUCAACCUCAAAUAACCCUACUUUUGAAUUUCUUGAAAACCAAGCCUCAAAAUUAGGUUUUGAUAUCGUGGAUCAUAAUGAACAUCAAAACAUAUUGAAAUUGGCAUAUGAUCCAGAUAUUGAAUAUCUUAAUUCGAAGGCACAGGCGUCAUCCCAUACAGUUAUUGCAAAUGAAGAUUUUGAAGAGUUAAAUAAAUUGUCCCAUAACCCACCCAUUGAUCAUUUAAAGAGCAAAGCUACACUUCAAGGCCAUAC